GUAGCUUUUAUUACUUUUAUACGAUUUAAGAAAGUUUAUAUUGCCUAUAGGUGGCGUUGUUUUUUUUAACAAAAAAAGUAACCUGUUUAAGAUUUUUCAUGUGCAUGUGUACUAACUAACGGCACGUGAAGGUUUGUAAAAAAGGACAAUUUUAUAAUUAACAUUUAGGCCUAUACGAUACAGAAUGAUCCAUAAUGCUAACAAUGCAAAACACUAGGUGAAUGAUGACUUAAAUCGUUGUGCAAUAAUAACGAGGAGUUAAAAGAGACAUAUUUACAUGCAUCCUAACUGAGCGAUAUUAUGAUACUAUGAUAUUUUUUAAUAGAAACUAUGGAUCAGACAGAAGAGCCAGUGAAAGUCGUAGAACCUGCCGAGGAAGUUAAAUUAAUUAACUCCCGUUCAAACUAUACAUCGGAAAUUUAUAAGAUAAAAGUAAAGAAUUUACCAAAAUACUUCGGAUUUAAUGAACUUAAGAAGCGUUUAAAGAAAAUGGGUAUAGCUACUAAGAAAAUAAAACCCCACAAGGAUGGUAUUGUAUAUAUAAAUUUAUCAAACGAAGAAGAAAGGCAGAAAGCUAUAGAGAAAAUAAAUGCUGUAACUUGGAAAGGAAAAACUCUUAAAGCUACUGAGGCAAAUCCUAAGACUGAUCCUUGGUUAGAUUCUCAUAAAGAAAGAGAAGGUGACGAUAAUAAUGAGGAAGAAGAUAACUUAACUCCAGAGGAAAGGGUUGCUAAAGCUGUAACUCCUUUUUAUAGCACAUCUUACAAGGAGCAAUUAGAAACAAAACAGGAAGCUGUGGGUAAAUUUCUAAAGAAAUUAUCUUCCAAGUCGGAUUGUAGAUUUGACAUAGGAAAUGUUUUAAAACCAAUUGAACCAUCUCCAAUUACUGAAGGUUAUAGAAACAAAAAUGAGUUUACAAUUGGUCCCGAUAAAUCAAUUGGUUUUCGUCAUGGUCGAUACAAGCACGGUAACGUUACCGUUGGACCGCCUACUCUAUGCAAGAAUAUACAUGAAUUAACAAUAAAAGCAGUUGAAACUAUGGAAAAUUAUUUAAAAAAUGUUUCAACUUUAGAUGCAUUUAACCAAUUAAGUAAUAAAGGAAAUUGGAAAUUACUAACUAUUCGUAUAGUUCAAUCUAAUGAGCAGAUGGCUGUUUUGACAAUGCAUCCACAAAAUCUUAGUGAUGAAAUUUUUGAAAAAGAAAAAGAAAAGAUCAGAGCAUUCCUUGACGAACAUGCAGCCGCCGCUAACAUAGUUUGCGCGUAUUUGCAAGUUACCUCUGCAGAGACCAUGGCAAAUAGUAUGGAGGGAAACUGUCAUCAUGUAUUUGGGAGUGAGGUACUUCAUGAAGAACUUUUAUCGUCAAAAUUUGUUAUAAGUCCUGGAGCAUUCUUCCAGGUAAACACAAAAGCGGCUGAAGUUUUGUAUAAUAAAAUCUAUGAGCAAUCCAACUGCAAUUCAGAAAGUGUUGUCCUCGAUGUCUGUUGCGGUAGCGCAACAAUUGGUAUAAGUUUGGCGCGAAAAGUAAAAAAAGUAAUAGGAAUUGAACUUGUUGAAGAAUCAGUAAAAAAUGCAAAAACUAAUCUAGAACUUAACAAUAUUACAAAUGUUGACGUACAUUGCGGAUAUGCUGAACAUGUUUUACUUGACCUUUUAAAAGAUGAUAACCUUGUUCAAAAUGACCUUAUCGCGGUCGUCGAUCCUCCAAGAGCUGGUUUGCACAAUAACGUUAUCAAAGCAAUAAGGAGAACGGAAAAUAUUAAGACUGUUGUGUAUGUUAGUUGCAAUUAUGAACUUGCCUGUGACGAUUUUAUCAACUUUAUGAGGUUACGAACAAACAAAUUUAUUGGUGAACCAUUCAAAUUAGAGAGUGUAACUGCCGUUGACCUCUUUCCUCAUACGAAACAUUUAGAAUUGGUUUUGCUUUUCAGAAGAUAAAAUAUAUAAAAAUAAAAAUUGGAAAUUGAACAUUUCACCUUGUGUUUAAGAAGAAUGACUUUGCAAAAAAAACACCAAUCUUCAAUUGUUUCUUUUCAUGUCUUUGGUUAAAUAAAAUACUUAAUAAAACGAAUACCUAGCUUAAAUGUUAAGUUAAAGCUAUACAUUGGGAAGUGUAUAUUUUUCAUUCGUAAAGUAUGUACUUUCUAU